CUGCAACCCCCCUAGCUUCUGCUCCGCGGCUGCUGAGUGACCCCUCAUCUGGGACUCUCCUCAGCUCUGACACCUCUGACCUCGGACUUCCAAGAUGGCGCCGCGUAUGGAUGCCCUGGUGUUUCAAUUUACUGCAGACUUUGACCAGGAUAGUGACACGCCGAAGGAGAGGAAAGCGAGCCGGCGCACUCGUGCAUCUGCAGGAGACGCGGACUGCGAACUGGUCUUCCUGGGAUCUUCUUUUCCAAUGUACGCUCACUCAGGAAUAAGAUGGACGAGCUGGCCCUGAUAAGAAGCAUGAACAGAGACUUUGCCUUCUCCUGUGUCUUAUGUUUUACGGAGUCGUGGCUCUGUGAGGACAUCCCGGACUGCGCGCUCAAGCUGGAGGGUUUUCAUCUGCUGCGCGCGGACCAGCAGGCCUCUCUCUCUGGUAAGACCACAGGUGGAGGUGUCUGCUUCUACAUUAAUAGUGGCUGGUGCACAGAUGUAACAGUGAUUGCUCAGCACUGCUCUUCCUCUCUGGAAUACCUUUUUAUUCACUGCAAACCGUUUUAUUCUCCGCGGGAGUUUGCUUCAUUCAUCUUGGCCGCUGUUUACGUCCCGCCAGAUGCGGACGUGCAGGCAGCUCAGUGCGCACUUGCGGAGCAGAUACUGCACAUGGAGCGGACAUUCCCGGACUCUCUUGGGGACUUUAACAAAGCCAAUGUGAGCCAAGAGCUUCCCAAAUACAAGCAGUAUAUUAAAUGCCCGACCAGAGAGGAGAGGACAUUGGACCAUUGUUAUAGCACGAUCAGCGGGGCCUAUCGUGCGGUGCCCCGCGCUUCACUCGGACUUUCUGACCAUGUCAUGGUCCACCUGAUCCCCGCGUACAGACGGAGGCUGAAGCUCUCCAAACCUGUCGUGAGGACUAAAAAACUGUGGAGCAACGAGGCUGUGGAGGAGCUUCGCACGUAUUUGGAGUCUACAGACUGGGACACAAUGAAGGCUGCUUCAAACAGCUGGGAUGAGUUUACGGACGCUGUCACCUCCUAUAUCUACUUCUGCGAGGACAGCAUUGUGCCAUCACGCACCAGGGUGAGUUAUAACAAUGACAAACCCUGGUUUACUCCUAAACUCAAAAAGCUGUGGCUGGAAAAGAGAAAGGCGUUCAGAAGCGGAGACAGGGCCUGCUACAGAGAGGCCAAGUACAGGUUCACUAAAGAAGUGGACAUUGCUAAACAUCAGCACUCUGAGAAGAUGCAGCAGCAGAUCUCAGAGAAUGACUCGGCCUCUGUGUGGAAAAGUUUUAGGAAUAUCACCAACUACAAGCCUAAAACCCCCACUCCACUGAUGACUUGCUCUUGGCCAACACCCUUAACGACUUUUACUGCCGUUUUGACGAGCCAUCAAGCAGCCUUCACACCUUCAACGGCCCCAACAAUAGAGACACUUUGGACACUCAUUCCCCCACCUCUCCCCCCUCCAUAGAGCCAUCACCACCAUCAAAAACUUCACCUACAACACCUCCCUCCACACCCCACACCAAGGAGGAUUUCACACCACCUUCUCCCACCACAACUCUUCAUAUUCAUGAAGCAGAUGUGAGGAAGCAGUUUAAGAGUCUGAAUGCUCGAAAAGCUCCUGGCCCAGACGAUGUGUCUCCUGCCACCCUCAGACACUGUGGAAACGAGCUGGCCCCAGUGUUUUCUGGCAUUUUCAACUCCUCACUGCAAGGCAUGUCAUGUGCCUGCCUGCUUCAAGUCCUCUACCAUAAUCCCUGUCCCCAUGAAACCUAGGAUCACUGGACUAAAUGACUACAGACCUGUGGCUCUGACAUCUGUGGUCAUGAAGUCAUUUGAGCGCCUGGUUCUCUCCUACCUCAAGACCCUCACGGCCCCCCUCCUGGACCCCCUGCAGUUUGCAUACAGAGCCAACAGGUCUGUAGACGACGCUAUCAACAUGGCUCUACAUUUCAUCCUGCAGCAUCUGGACUCCCCAGGAACCUAUGCCAGGAUCCUGUUUGUGGACUUCAGCUCUGCCUU